CAGCGGGAGAUGCAGGCUGCGGACCAGCGCCUGGCACAGCAGCUGAUGUGCCUGCGGGCGCAGCUGCACCAGCUGAAGGUGGAGCAGGCCUGCCACCAGCACAAGGAGAUGCUGGACGAUGCUACCUUCGGCCUCAAGGGCUGCGAGGAAGACUCGGACCUGCUCUGCAACAUCCCACCCAAGGCCGCCUUCCUGCUCUCCACGCCACUCAAGCACAUCGGCGUCACCCGCAUGAACAUCAACUCCCGACGGUUCUCCCUCUGCUGA